GUUCAGGCAUAACCGGGCGCGCAUCUUGUUCUCUUUUAACGACGCGGACUUGGGCUCUCCUCACUCUCUUCUGCCCAUCAUGUCGAAGCACCCCGUAGUCGAGUACACGUCCGAGGCGUCCUGGGCGCUGGUCGAGGAUAAGUUCUCCCCCUUCGCAAAGGAGACUCUGGGGAAGCUCAUCAAGUUCUGUGAGGAAGAGAUCAGUCCCGCCGUACGCGUUGCGCAGGCGCAGCUGCCCGACGACCCCACUCUCCGCUGGAAGAGUGGUAUCCCCAUUACCGAAGAGCUCAAGGUCAAAGCGAAGAAGCUCGGCCUAUGGAACCUCUUCCUCAGCAAGGCUCACUACCCGCAAUUCGGUGUACCGCUCACAAACUUGGAGUACGCCGUCAUGGCGGAAAUCCUUGGUCGCUUUGGCCAAAUUGCGUCGGAGGCGCUGAACUGCUCUGCUCCUGACACCGGAAAUAUGGAGGUGCUUGGCCGCUACGGCUCACCCGAGCAGCAGAAGAAAUGGCUUUUGCCGUUGUUGAACGGCGAAAUUCGGUCAGCAUUCUCUAUGACUGAGAAGCAUGUUGCCUCCUCCGAUGCCACAAACAUUCGCACCUCCAUCCGCCAGGAGGGUAACGAGAUUGUCAUCAACGGGCACAAAUGGUGGAUCUCCGGCGCUGGCGACCCGCGCACCAAACUCCACCUCGUCCUCGGCAAGUCCGACCCCAACAAUGCGAGCGCCUACAAGCAGCAGAGCAUCGUCAUCGUCCCCGUCGACACCCCGGGCGUCAAAGUUAUCCGCCCGAUGAAGGUCUUUGGGUACGACGACGCGCCAGAGGGGCACUGCGAGGUCAUCUACGAGAACGUCCGCGUGCCGUUGAGCAACCUCAUCCUUGGGUGGGGAAGGGGCUUCGAGAUCAUCCAAGGCCGCCUUGGCCCUGGCCGCAUCCACCACUGCAUGCGCUCAAUAGGCGCCGCGCAAGCCGCGCUGGACCUCAUGAUCCUGCGCGUCACUGACCCCGCGAAGAAGACCUUUGGCAAAUACUUGCACGAGCACGGCUCCAUCCUCCAAGAAAUCGCCCGCUCGCGCGCCGACAUCGACUCUGGGCGGCUCCUUGUUCUGUCCGCCGCGCUCAAGAUCGACAAGCACCGGGCGAAGGGCGCCAUGAAGGAGAUCGCUAUCGCGAAGUUCACCAUCCCCAAGAUGGCCUGCACCGUCGUCGACCGCGCCAUGCAGGCCUUCGGCGCCGAGGGCAUCUCGCAGGACCAGCAGCUCGCGCAGACCUACGCGCAGCUGCGCACGCUCCGCUUCGCCGACGGGCCCGACGAGGUCCACAUGCAGCAGGUCGGGCGCAAUGAGUUGAAGCGCGCGCCGGGGCUGUUGCAUAAGCAGCAGGAGAGCAAGCGGAAGGAGAAGGCGCUGUUGGAGAAGGCGGGGUUGACGGCGAAGCUUUGAGUGAGGAAAUUGUAUCAUCAUUGCACCUGCUUUUGAGGACGAUGUUUUGAAGUUGAAGUAUCUAUCUAUGGUAAGGGUUGCUCAAGGUUUGUUGUGCAGAGCGCAACACGCUAUGGUCGACGACUUGAAGCGCAAAGACAGAGGCUGAUUCAGGGAAUAUCAAGGUGUCAC